AUGAGCCCACCUUCAUCGCGAUACCAUCAUCUACCACAAAACCCUCCAGAUUAUACCUCAUGGGCCAUCAUAUCGGACCAGCCCCCGCCCACAUACGAUUCCCAACUCCCACUCGACGAGCCCCCGCCCUCGUACCGUGACGCCACCCUCUCCGAAACAGCACCCCUCCUUGUCGGUCCCUCCUGGGACUAUGGCACCUAUGCCGAAGCCGAUGAGCGAUCCCUGACUACAAUUGCUAGCGAUACCGACAUGGAAGAGACAUCGGCUGCCGAGCAAAUGGGCCACGCCGUUGUUGUCGUCAUGUUUUUCGUCGUCAUGUUCGGCCUCUGGAAAAUUGCCAGCAACCCUCCAGCCUUCUUAGGUGGCUUUCCCCCUUGA